UUACGCGUUAAUGUGAUGUGUUUGCGUAGUCACUUUUAAUGUGUUGUCUCCAACAUCAUGUGGUAAUUCGUAAGUACAGUACGUCUCGGGCGAUUCGCGCGUCUGUGAAUUAGUUUGACCAAGUGGAGCUCCCGUACUUUUCUUUUUUUUUUUUGCAGCCAUACUUGUUUGAUCAUCAAACACGGUUUCGCACGUUGCACUGCAUUUUUCAGGGUUAGUACCCAGUUCAAGUAGUGAAGCCUUAACAGUAGGUUCACCGUGACUAUACUAACAGAACAAAAGAAAACAUUGUUUACUCUUCAAGUCUCGGUGAUCUAUCCCGUUUCGAGGCCGAGUUAGCUUAGCCUAGUUAUCGUAUUUAGCUGACAAAGACGCGUUUGUGAUUUGACACGGCGCAAAACUGGGCUCAAGUGUGAUCGUAAAAUGUUAUGAGUGUCGUGUGAAAAUGUGUGCAAGAAGGACAGCAGAGACCAAAAAGGACCUUGGUGGAAGUUCUACAGAGGAGAACGAGCAACAACGGCAACUACUGGACGCUGUUUUCAACAACCCUCGAGUUGAGUUAAGCACGGCAGACUUGAGGACAAAAUAUCUUUGUCCUGGGCAACUGGAGAAAGACUGCUCUGACUUUAAAAAGGAGGAGGAGGAGGCCCUUCACAUCAAAGAGGAAGAGGAGCUGGAGCCUCCCUACAUUAAAGAGGACAAUGAGCCACAAACACCACACAUCAAAGUGGAAGAAGAGGAGGAUAUCACCAAGUUGCCACCGUACUUUGUCCCUUUGAAGAACCAAGAUGACUUCAAGACUGAAAGUGACGAGAACAGACGGGCGGAGUUUCCAAGCAGCAGUUGCUCAAGUCAACACAUGGCAACAGAAGUUGACGGAGACCACUGUGGUGCAUCUCAAGCAAACGGCCUCUUAGCUCCACUAUCAGAGAGUGACGAUGUAACGUCACAAUCUACUGACACUGAUGAGGAUGACAUGACAUUUUACACCAACAACAAAUGCUGGGAAUGUCCUCAUUGUCAGAAAACAUUUAGUUUAAAGGGGAAUCUCAACGUUCACAUGAGAAUACACACUGGAGAGAAACCCUUUGGCUGCUCAGUUUGCAGUAAAAGAUUUACUGAAAAAGCCACAUUGACAAAACACACAAGGACACACACGGGAGAGAAACCAUUUGCUUGCGCAUUUUGCGGGAAAAGAUUCUCCCAUAAGAUAAGUUUAACAAGCCACACCAGAAAACACACUGGUGAGACCCCUUUUGCAUGCUCUGUUUGUGGUAAAUGUUUCUCUGAAAAGUUAAUUUUAAUAAGGCACACAACAGAACACACUGGUGAGAAACCUUUUGCGUGUUCAAUUUGCGGUAAGAGAUUUAUUCAAAAAUGCGCUUUGACAGUACACACAAGAACACACACUGGUGAGAAGCCGUUUGCUUGCUCAGUUUGUGGGAAGAGAUUCACAGAGAAAUGUGCUUUGACAGUACACACAAGAACACACACUGGAGAAAAACCUUUUGCCUGCUUAAUUUGUGAUAAACGAUUUACUGUAAAGACACAUUUAACAGCACACAUAAAAACGCACACCGGAGAGAAACAUUUUGCUUGCUUGGUUUGUAGUAAAAGAUUUACUCAAAAAAGUGCAUUGACAGUACACAUGAGAAAACACACAGGGGAGAAACCUUUUACCUGUUCAGAAUGUGGUGAACGCUUCUCAGGAAAGAAAAGUUUGACCGAUCACACAAGAAAACACACUGGCGAGAAACCUUUUGUCUGCUCAAUUUGUGACAAAAGGUUCUCUGUAAAAUCAAGUUUAACAAGGCACACAAAGACACACACUGGGGUAAAACUUUUUGCCUGCUUAGUUUGUGGUAAAAAAUUCUCUCAAAAGAUGUGUUUAUUGAGACAUGCUCGAAUACACACUGGAGAGAAACCUUUUGCCUGCUCAGUUUGUGGCAAAAGAUUCACUGAAAAAAGCACAAUGACAAAACACACAAGAACACACAGACAGGAGAGAAACCUUUUACCUGCCCAGUUUGUGGAAAAAGAUUCUUUUAUAAGUUGAACAAGUGACAAUUGAGCAAACAGGCGACAACCUUUUUGCGUGCGUAGUUUGCGGGUAAUAUUAAGUCAGUAAUAAGUGAAACGGGGCACAUGAGAACCACAGCCUUCGGCCUCCUUCACUCAAAAGAAUUGUUCAAGUCUUGAAAAAAAAAACAAUUGUAUAUUGUGUCGUGUUCUCAAGUUAGAAUUUUGGUCAGAAAUAUUAAACAUUCAAUAUUAGAAGUCCCAGGUCUCUGAGCUGUUUUGGACCCCAUUAUCGCAACAAGUUCAACACAGGGUAAUCUUAUAGGAUAGUCCGAUAAAAUAUAGUCUGGCAUUUGUCUUCCUUGGUCAGGAAGGGAGAAAUCAGCCCGAUUAUCUUUGUGUGUGGCUUGCUCAGUUUAUGGUGAAAAAAAAAAAUAUCUCAAAAGGCAGAUUGAACGAGUGACAAAAUAAUGGUCUUGUCUGCUGAGACUGCGAUCAAAGGAUUUCUCUAAAAUCACAUUGAACAGAAAACAAAGAUACACAUUGGGGAGAAACUUUUGCCUGCCCACCUUGUGUGCAAUCAUUCUCCAAAAAGGCUAUUAACAAGACAAAUUAUGCUAAUGAGAACCUUUUUACUUUAUCAGUUUGGAUUACAAGAAAUCUUUUAACUUGCGAGAAACCAUUCAUUUCUAAUCAGUGUCAAUGUGAAGGGAGCUACGGUGUAUUUGAAGAAGAGUAUUAAUGCAUCCAUUUUCUGAGCCGUUGAUAAUAUCCCAGCUGUCAUUGGGCAGGAGGUAGAGUACACAAUUAACUGGUCGCCAGGCAACGGCAGGGCACAUAGAGACAGACAACAGUCGCACUCACAAUCACAUCUUGGGGCAAUUAAGAGUUGGAGUAUCCCGGAGAAAACCCACACGGGCACACGGGGAGAACAUGCAAACUCCACACAGGCGGCGCCGGGAUUCAAACCCCGGUCCUCAGAACUGUGAGGCAAACACUCUAACCAGUUGUCCCCUGGGGAAGAGCAUGUCUGAUUAUCUUGGAUUGUGUUAUAUGUUUUCUGUUUUUAUCUUUUGUGUAAAUUUUUUUGUACAUCUGUUUGUUUUAUUUGUAGAUUUUUGCACUUGCUUUUAUUUUACAUUGUUGUAAAUAAACUUCUCAGUUGCCUUA